AUGUCUGAGUCUGCUUGUGACUAUCUUAAGAGAUUCCUGUCUGAAGUUGAUGGGAUCCUCGGUAUAUUUGUUGCAGAUAAAGACGGAGUCGUCGUCGCAAGUGCCACAAUGGAUGAUAUGCCUGACCAAGCGCGUUCACCAUAUGUAACUGCUGCUUUUAUCGUAUCAUUACAACAAGUAAACAAACUAGAUCUUGGAGAUUUAGAGUGGAUGAUCACUAGUUAUCAAGAGAUGGUGAUCUGCCAAUUUCAUUUCACAUGCCAAUCGGCUUUACCAUUAUUUCUGACGGUUGUUGGCUCCAGUGAAUGCAAUAUAGGAGCCAUAAUCGCACUUGAACCAUCUAUUCGUCCGUUAUUAAAUCGAUUAGCCCCAGAAGCAUCAUCAAGAAUACAGAAUGAGGCUAUGCUAAGUCGUACCACAAAUGGUCCUUAUUUUCGAGUAUAA